AUGAAUACACCCAACGUAGACGAAGAAAUCCUCACUCAUGACAGCAAUGAUACCCGCCGUAGUCUCUAUAGAACUCAGUUAUUCUACGACCCAGAAAAACACAAAACUCAAUCGAUCACCCGAGAAUCUACUGAUAGUGAGACUCGAGAAUAUAUUCGAACCCAAUGGAUAUCGGAAGAUUUUUUUUCUAGCGAUCUUAUUGGCAGGCCAAAGCACAACGACAUUAAAUCAGAUAAAAAUCCACAACCCCAGACUUUAAUUGAUCCGAAGUUUACUUUUAUUGAGAAGUUUCUAGAAAGAAGGCAAAAGAGGUUAAUUACCCAAAGGUUAUUAGAAGAUGGAUCGUUGUCUAUAAAAGACAUAAACCAGAAUACCUAUAUCGCAAAAUCUUUGCCACCUGAAACUAUCCAACAAAUACCAUCCUAUAAUUCUGAAAUUCCUAUACAAUUUAUGGCGCUUUUAGAGUCUGAGGUUUUUAACAAGGGUCCUUUUGAUCCGAAACUGAUACAGUGGAGAGAGUUUGGGAUAUGGGCGUGCUUUACAAAGGUCUCCCAUUUUAAUAAGCGAUUUCGUCAUCACUGCCAUCUCCUUUGGUCAGAUGUAAAUCAUGCACACCUUGAAGCUGAGAAAAAAAUAUGUGAAGAAUAUAAUAUUCCGAAAACAUUUAACCAAACAAUAAAGAAAAAACUAGAGAUUGCUGAUGAAGCCACCGGGAACGUUGCAAUUGGGGGUAAUUUUGAAGGUUACUACCAUGUAUUCAAUCCACAAUGCUUCAAGAAUUCAUAUGGUGAAACGGUGGUAGACUUUUUUGAUCUGGCCAAUCCUACAGUCGCAGAAGAUACGAGAGUUGUUAUAGAUGAGUAUUACGUUCAUAACCUUAAUAAUAAAAAGCAUCAAUCGAAAGAAUUUAGGAAGGAAUUAGUGGAACAUUUCGGCGCCUUUACAGGUAACAACAACGAACCGUAUACAACUGCGAAUACUGCAUCAGAUCAUUGUAUAGAACAUCGGAAAUGUGUCCGCGAAUUAAUAAGUGGUCUUCAACCGCUAUCUAAAACUGUUAAUAUUUAUUUUCGAGAAACAUAUCCCGAUUUAUAUGCGAAAAUGGCAAAGCUCGAUCUAGGCCCAAAUGUCCCUAAGUUAUUUGGCGCUUUUCCAACAACUGCGGUUAACUUCAACGUAAUUAGCCAAUUUCACCGCGAUUUGAAAGACCAUCGAAAUACACUUUGUGUCGUGUGUCCCCUUGGUUCCUAUGAAGGUGGACAACUGGUAUUUCCAGAGUUGAAGCUAAUAAUUUAUGCGAAACAGGGGCAUGCCAUCGCUUUUAGAUCCAAUAUUUUGGUACAUGGAAAUCUUUCUGUCACUGUUGGCAUUCGCCAUAGCGUAGUAUUUUUUAUACACACGACAACAAUCAAACAAAAUAGGAAGUUUGGUACCCUUUUUGAUGAAUAUUUAGAUGUAUCAGAGACUCUAGAUAAUGCUCGCCCAAUUGUGGAUAAUGUUAAAAGGUGCAACAAAAAACUGCAAAAUUUUUCUCACCCCAAGCUAGAUUCACAAAAAUCUAUGCCUUUGCAUGAGCUCCGCUCUACAAAAUUAAGAAACCACAGGCGGAGUCAUCUUGAUUUGGAACCUGCAAGAAGAGGCCUGCCAGCGCAAUAUAAGAAGUAA